AGCUUGCCAACUAAAAUGCGAGAGCUGAACGCGACCGCAUGCGCUGCCCUGUACGAGCGCGUCGAGUGGUACGACCCGUGGAUCCUGGUUACCCUGAUUGUGCUCGCGAUCGUGAACGUAAUGGUGGUACUGGGCAACGUGCUUGUGAUACUUGCUGUCUAUCAUACGAGCAAGCUGCGAAACGUCACGAAUAUGUUCAUCGUUAGCCUGGCCGUCGCCGAUUUGAUGGUUGGACUCGCGGUGCUGCCUUUUAGCGCCACGUGGGAGGUCUUCAAGGUCUGGAUAUACGGUGAUAUAUGGUGCUCCAUCUGGCUGGCGGUGGACGUAUGGAUGUGCACGGCUUCGAUAUUGAAUUUGUGUGCCAUCAGCCUGGAUAGAUACUUAGCGGUGACCAGGCCAGUCAGUUAUCCUCAGAUCAUGUCGCCGAAGAGAGCGAGGCUGCUGGUCGCUACCGUGUGGAUUCUGAGCUUCAUCAUCUGCUUCCCACCCCUGGUCGGUUGGAAAGACAAACGGUCUCAUCCCGCGUACAACGUGACAUUCUCUCAGAACGGGCCGUUCAACACCACCACCAUCUUGGUCCCGGUGAAACCGUGUUCCUGGAUCUGCGAGCUGACCAACGACGCUGGCUACGUCGUCUACAGCGCGCUGGGUUCCUUCUAUAUACCGAUGCUGGUCAUGCUGUUUUUCUAUUGGAAGAUCUACAACGCCGCCGUCUCCACCACGAAGGCCAUUAAUCAAGGCUUCCGUACGACAAAGGGCUCGAAAAUGCUAGGAUCCAGAUUCGACGAACAGAGGUUGACAUUGAGGAUCCACCGAGGUCGGGGAAGCGUCCACAACGGGAGCAACAAUGGUAGCCCGAGGAGCCCUGAGUCGAAUAGCCGUAGCUCGGUGAAAAGGGAGAAGAUAAAGAUCUCGGUGUCGUAUCCGAGCACGGAGACGCUGAAUACCAAGUGUAACACCCUCGAGAGAACACCCUCGAGAUGCUCUCAGACCUCUGUGCACUAUAGUAACGGGCAGACGCACAGUCAACUAUGUCCCACCCCAAGAAGCACACAUCUGAAGGUGAGCGGUAUCAACAGGGUUGGCAGCACCAGGAGGCCGAGCAGACGGAGUAGCUGCGAGAGUCAAAUGACGGGGGACGAGGUGUCGCUGAAAGAACUCACGCCAGGCACGGAAGAGAAGCCCAGAGUGAUGAAAAUGGGCAAGAGGAACAUCAAAGCUCAGGUGAAGAGAUUUCGAAUGGAGACGAAGGCCGCGAAGACUCUCGGCAUCAUCGUAGGUGGAUUCAUCCUCUGUUGGCUACCAUUCUUCACGAUGUACCUGGUGCGCGCAUUCUGCCCCAAUUGCAUCCAUCCCACAGUUUUCAGCGUGUUAUUUUGGCUGGGCUAUUGCAACUCGGCGAUAAACCCGUGUAUCUACGCGCUGUUCAGCAAAGACUUCCGGUUCGCGUUUAAGAGAAUCAUCUGCAAGUGCUUCUGCAAGCAGAGAGCUAACACUCUGAGACGCGGCAGCGACGGCAGCCAAUUGGCCAUGAGAAACGACCGGAGUCCGAGCUACUCGAUGCGAAUGCCUCAACAGGGAGUCUCCAUCGACGAUUCAGACCCAGAUCCAAGCUCAGAGCCCACGGUUCACUCUCAGAGCGAGUCCAGAUGACUGUAGCGUGCCAAGAGUGGCGCGCAGCGCGUCACCUUCGACUCGAGGACCUCGAAAGUGAGGAUCCAGUCCUUCUGACGGGCCACCGAAUAGUCCAGCCUCCACGUCACAG